UUGCCUUUGUCGUCACUCCUUUGGCCUGCUGUUACAACUCAUAUCUCAAUUUGCCUUUCUGAGCCCACAAGUGAGUUUACAUAGGCUUCUGUGUAUGUAUGAGUAAUUACAGGGCAAGGGAGAAUGGAAAAAACUUCCCCUGUGAACUUUUUCUUUACUCCUCCUCUUUCCUGCAGCCACUCAGUGUGCCUGCACAACCCAGAGAGCCUCCCAGACAGAGAGGGACCCCAGCAACUCCUGCAUCUCCAUCUUUAUUUCUCACCCUCUCAUAACUCCCUCUGUCUCUCCCUCACUUCCUCACCCCUCCUGAUUCACCUCACACAAUAGACUUCCCCUCCAAGCACCAGCCUGAAGGGAAAAGGGGGGUAGAUACGGUUUCUCUACAACAAUGGAAAUUCAAUCAGGAAAUGGAGAGGAGGCGGCGAGUGCAGAGUCGGCGACCUCGGGCUUCGUUUCCCGUAGUCCCUCUGGGUCACAGGUAGAGGCAUCAGACAAUCCAGUUCGCAGAGAGGACCUGCAGGCUGCUAAGAGGAUUGAGAGGUUUGACAUCCCACUUGAUAGCCUGAAGAGAAUGUUUGAGAAGCCUGCAGUGGCAAACACAGAAGUGACAACCGUCCACACCUCCCCGUCCAAAAGAGUGACGUCCAGUAGUCUCACACAGGCUGACCCAUCAACAGAUCAGACCAUGGCCACAUCUAAGGACACCACUCUUUCUGCAGGCAGCGCAGCUAGAUCCGGGUCAGACCGUCCCGAGUACAGGGCCCCGAGCGCCGAGGACCAGGAGGCAGAGACGGUGUCGGUGAAAGAGCGGUUGGCGAUGUAUCAGGCUGCCGUGUCCAAGAAAGAAGCCGGCAGUUCCUCUUCUGCUGCGAUAAUGGAUGAGUCGGAGGCUUGUUCGCUGCCUGGUGGCCUGGCCAGCGUGAAGAGACAGUUUGAGAAACAGGAGUUUGCCUCUUCGUCCUCUCAGUCCAGCGUCACCCAGAUCCAUUUUGAGCAGAGAUCUGUCCAGGAGAUGUCGAGUUCCUCAGAGGUGACAGUGAGAAGCAGUGCCAGAGAGGUCGUCCCCACCACAACCCUCUCUCACAGUCAACAAGAGGUGAUCCAUGAUGAAAGAGUCCACCAUAACAAUGUGGCCGCCAGUUACGGGAACCAUUACAAUGAAACAGUUAUGCUCGUCGGAGGAGAGGACCUACCAAAGGUUUCCACUCAGGCUUUGAAGCAGCAGUAUGAAAAAACGAUUGAGGAAGCUGCACCAGCCAAGGAAAUUAAGGUUGAUGUGGAUUUCAACCAUUUUCAAUGGGCACCAGUAAAUCAGUCUUCAAAAGCUUCAGCCAUGACAAGCUAUGACACUUCCUCCACCUUAAAGACUGCCACUGCCUCAUCAGUAGCGUCUGCCUCGUCAGUGGCUUAUGAGAUGACAGACCAUUUCCCUCCCCCGCCCUCGAACCUGCCGGUAUUACAGGAAAUCCCUGAGUACAUCUCUUCCCAGCAACAAGAGCCAGCCUCCCAAAAUAAGCACACUGUUAGUAAGGAGCAGUACUUUAAACACAAGAGUAUGGCUGAACUGAAGCGCCUCUACAAACACAUUCAUCCAGAGGUCCGAAAGAACCUGGAAGCAGACUUCUUGAGUCAGCUUACUGAAGCAGAAAAGAAGAAAUUGGAAAGCGAGGAAAUGAUGGGAGAUGUCCAACAGGCAUGCUAUAUGUUUGAAAAUGACGGCAACAGCCCGAGUAAGUGUUCGAGCCCUGAUGGAGAGGACCUGGAAUGGGAUGAGAUCCUUAAAGGCGAAGUGCAGUCCAUGCGCUGGAUGUUCGAAAACAAGCCACUGGAUACGAUCAAAGAUGAAACCCCAGAUGAGAAUGAGGUGAGGAAUAUUGCCCAGCAGGAAAUCAUUGCUGGCAAAGAUGUCAGAUACACAGCUUGGAUGUUUGAGACUCAGCCCAUGGAUGCUCUGGGGACAGAGACUCCUGAUUCAACUGAGCGGUCACAAAAAUCAACCGAUCUCGCACGAGGAGAUGUCCGCACUGCUACAUGGCUUUUUGAGACACAGCCACUCGAUUGUCUGAAUAAGAUCUACCAAGAAGAUGAGCAGGAGACAGAUGCUGUCAGCAAAGACAUCAGCGGCGGAGAUGUGAAAACUGCUAGAUAUCUUUUUGAGACCCAGCAUCUGGAUUCCCUGGGUAAAACAGAAACCAUUGCGGAGAGCCACUUCCUGAACCUGAAGUCUGAACUGGAAGAGAUCAAAGGGGAUGUGAAGACAACCACUCGUAUGUUUGAGACCCAGCCCAUGUGUGUGAUCAGGGGAGAUUUGGGAGAGAUGCUGGAGAUCACCACCAUACGCAGGGAGGAGACUGAGAAAGGAGAUGUCAAGACAUCACGCUGGAUGUUUGAAACCCAGCCCCUGGAUAUGAUAAAUCAAGACCCUGCAAAGGUAAAGCUGAUAUGUGGUAUUUCCAUGGAGGACAACAUUCAAGGUGGUGUGAACAAAGGUACAUGGCUUUUUGAAACAAAGACUCUUGACACUAUUAAGGAUGAGGAAUGGGAGAAUUCCAGGAUGCAAAAGGAAGAAAUAAUUGGUGCUGAUGUGAGGAAGCACUGUUUGGUUUUUGAAACUCAGCCUAUGGAUACUCUGAAAGACAAUGCCAAUGCCAGACCUUUACCUUCAGAGGAGAUUGUAGGAGGUGAUGUUCGAUCAGCAAAACAUCUGUUUGAAACAGUACCCAUGGAAAAUCUGAAAGAAUUGCUCGAAGUGGGAAAACUUAAGAAAAUGGUUGCAUCUGAAGAAGAAAAGGGUGACGUGAGGCAUCAGAAGUGGCUCUUUGAAAGCCAGCCAUUGGAGAAUAUAAGGGAGGAGAAGAAGGAAAUUACAAGAACUGUGAACAUUGAAGCUCUUGACAAAGGAGAUGUGACAAACUAUAAAGAAAGGUUUGAAAGUAUGGAUUUAAGUAAGUGUGAAGGAACACAGAAAAUUCAAGUUGAAGGUGUCACAAGUGGAUCCGUCAAAUCCAACAGAGUUCUUUUUGAAUCUACCCCUAUGUAUGCUAUGCAAGACAGCUCAGGCCAUUAUCAUGAGGUGAGGACUGUGAGACGUGAGGAGAUUGUGAAGGGAGACGUGCGCAGCUGCAGAUGGAUGUUUGAAACACGUCCUAUUGAUGAGUUUGAUGAAAGCAUCAAUAAGUUUCAGAUCAUAAAAGGUAUAUCCAAACAGGAGAUCGAGUCAGGGGAUGUCAAAACAGCCAAGUGGUUGUUUGAAACUCAACAGCUUGAUGCUAUUAAAUUUUUCAGUAAUUUUGAGGAUGAAGAGCAUAAAACUAAGGAAGGUAUUGAAAUUGAGAAAGGGGAUGUUAAGACUUGUAGGUGGCUAUUUGAGACUCAACCAAUGGAUGUUCUGUAUGAAAAAGCGGAAAAAAGCGAGGUUGAUGUUGAGGAAGUGCAAAAAGGUGAUGUCAAAACAUGCACUUGGCUCUUUGAGACCCAGACACUUGACAACAUACGCGAUCAUACAGAGUCUGAGUCUGAGACCAUUCUGAAAACCUGUACUGUAAAGCAAGAGGACAUCCAAGGAAAAGAUGUGCGACUGGCCCGCUUCCUCUUUGAAACCGAGAACCUCGAAAAUAUCACAGGUGAGGACAGCAGUUCUUUCAGGAGGGUUACGGAAAUUGACAUCCAGUCAGGCGAUGUUUCCAGGAUGAAGUACAUCUUUGAGAAUCGCUCCUCUGACAUUAUGAGCUCCACCUCUGAGGAAACAAUGCAGAGGUUGAAAACGCAGCAGGCUGAGGACAUCCAGAGGGGAAACGUGGUCAACUGUACCUGGAUGUUUGAGAAUCAGCCGAUCGAUGUCAUCCGUGAUGAUUCCACUGAGAUGAGGGAAAUUCGCACUGUGACUGAUGUUCAGGGAGGUGACGUUGACAAAGGCCGCUUCAUUUUUGAGACAUACUCACUGGAUCAAAUUAAAGAGGAAUCCACUGAGACUGAUAUUUCAAAACUCACUAGUAUCUUUAGAGAUGAAAUAGAGAGGGGAGAUGUGAAAAAUUACACCAUGAUGUUUGAAACUCAGCCACUGUAUGCUAUCUGUGACAAAGAGGGCCAUUACCAUGAAGUAACUACAGUUACCAAGGAAGAAAUCAUGAGAGGAGAUGUGGUGGGGGCCCGAUGGCUGUUUGAGACAAAGCCUCUGGAUUCAAUCAGAGAUUCAGAGGAGGUCUAUGUCAUUAAAGCUGUGACUGAGGAAGGCAUCAACAAAGGAGACGUUAGCUCUGCAAGGUGGAAGUUUGAAACGCAACCUCUGGAUGAAAUUACAGAGGAAAUAAAAGUAAGAUCGAAAACAGUUGCAGAUAUCCAAGGCGGUGAUGUGAAGACAAACAUGCAGCGUUUUGAGACUGACGAGUUGUCUCAAAAGUACAUCAGAACUGUUAGCGUGAGUGAAAUCCAAAAAGGCGAUGUCAGAUCUGCCACAUGGAUGUUUGAAACGCGCACAAUUGAUGAGAUCCGCGGAGAAGGCGCCGAGUAUGAUGGCAUGGAGAGAGUGAUAAAAGAAGAAGUAAUGAAAGGGGAUGUCAAACAGUCUGUGUGGCUCUUUGAGAAGCAGCCCCUUGACAGUAUCAAAGAGACUGAUGGCACAGAGCUUGUUGUCACGAAGGAGGAAAUCCCACAGGCCGAUGUGAAGACGACAACAUGGCUAUUUGAAACCACUCCAUUCCAUGAAUUCAACGAGAGCAGCAUGGAAAAGAAAGAAAUAAUAGGUAAAAGCAUCAAAGAGACACUUGAGGAGCUUUACUGUCAGAAAAUGGUGGACUCACAAGGUGUCCUUAUUGAGGCAGAUGAAAUCGGUGAUGUCCGCAUGGCAAAGUAUAAACUCAUGAACCAGGAGGCUCCACAAAUCCAAAAAGAAGAGAUUAUCAGAGGGGAUCUGAGCAACAUAAUGAUGAACCUCCUGAACCGCAGGGAGACCACUGAAAGAGGGAUAACUGUUGACAAGGAGGAGCGGGGCAACAUCAACACCACAGUGAAGCAGCUAUUCAACCAGGAAAGGGGAAUCAAUGUUGAGAAAGAGGAAAUUAUCCGCGGUGACAUUCAAGAGGCCAUAAGCAAUCUGCUCAAGAACGAGGGCUCCUCCAAGCGUGGCAUUCUGAUUCAAGAAGAUGAGAAAGGAGACGUGAGGAUGACUAUCUAUUCCCUCUUGAAUAAAGGGGAGAGGGCUAGCAUGGAGAAAGAGGAUGUCAUUCAAGGUAACGUAAGCAGAACCCUUCAUCGUCUUCUCUCCAACUCAGGAGGAGAAGACUCUAAAAAGAUAAGGGUCGGAGACACGGAAAGGGGUAAUGUCAGCUUUUACUCCACAUGCAUUGAGUCAGGAGCCUUGGAUUACCUGAAGCAGCUUCAGUUCGAACCUGAUGAAGCCCAGGAAGAGGUGGAAAAGGAGCGUAUCAUAGGUGGUGACAUUGAAGAGACCAAAAUCUUGCUGCGGAAGAAUCAGCAGCAGAUUGGUCGCACAGUGGCAGAGGAUGAUAUAGUUCCUGGUGACGUACACAGUACUGUUAAAGUCUUUAUGACAGAGCCUACUGUUGGCUACAGAAACCUAGAGAAAAAGGACAUUGUUAAAGGUGACCUUAGUGCAGCACUGGAUUCACUGACCCAAGCCAUCAAUCAGAAAGUGGUAAUCGAGAAAGAGGAGGUGGUAAAGGGAGACAUAACCACUACUUUGAGGUCUCUAGAGGAGGCCCAGCAUCAAGCCAAAGAAAUAGAAAAGCCCGAAAUCGUCCGGGGAGACAUCAGAGGUGCUCUUGAGUCACUGGAGAAAUCUGCAACCACCAAUACGGAAGCGACUGUUGAAGAUUUAGUGCCAGGUGAUAUCAAAGGGACCCUGAAGUCCCUGGAGGAAGCAAAGCAAGCUAUGAAAGAGGUUGAAAAAGAGGAGAUUGUCAAAGGAGACAUCCACACUGCCAUGCAAAGUUUACACGAGGCAUCGAGCGAGAAAAAGAUAUACCAGCAUCAAGUGAGCGAACAAGGGGAUGUUAAAGCCACUAUCCAGCUCUUGCUAGAGCCAACAACGUCUCCUAGAAUGCAGCGCAGGGGGAGCAUUGAAGGAGAUGUGAAAACAUCCAUAAAAUCUCUUUAUGAAGGACAGGAGACAACACUGGUGGAAAAAGAGGAGGUAGUAAGAGGGGAUGUUCAAGGGGCAAUUCAGUGUCUCAUGCAAAGAAAACAGUAUUCAAAUCCAAAACGUAUGUAUCCCCCCAAGAAAGCAAAAGUGCCCGUGAAAAAUCCAUUAACUGUAAAGCAAGUGGAGCAUGAAUGCAUACAAGCUAAGAGUGAGAGUGUAGCAGUCAAUCCAGCCCCCGCUGUGAAAAACCUUUCUCAGAGCGGUGAGUCACAGAAGCACACACAGAGGCACCACGAAAGCAAAUCUGUGAAAACACAGGUAAUAACCCAAGAGGACCACUCUGUUACUGUAGCCAAAACAGACACUACUGGGGCCUCUCAACAGAAGAGCAUAAAAGAACAGAAACAGAAAGCACUCCCCCCACAGAAAAUACAAGCUCCUACGCCUAUUAUGAUAAAGAAUAAACAAAUGACUAAUAAUGAUCAAACAGAGACUAAAGCAACUGAUGUGAAUGUGAUGAAAGAGGUGCAAAACACAUCACAGACAAAUAUUUCAAACAAGCAAAUAUGUGAAACAAAGACAAUCAAACAGGUGCAGACUACAAUGAUGCAGAAAACUGUCAUGCAUAAGCAAAAUGUAAUGGUAUCAGAGCAAAUGUCAACAUCUCAAAAGCAAACAGAGAAUAAGGCUCUCACACAAAAGCAGAACAUCAAAAGUAUGAAGAGUGAUUACCAUAACCUUGACAUGAGAGGGAAAGGUGUGAUCAAAAAGAUGAAGCCAGAGAUUCACUUCCCCCCUCCUCCCUCUUCACCACCUCCACCCUCAGAGUCUGAGCUCUCCCUCCCUCCACCGCCAUCGCCAGUGCUGGAGAGCCCAGCAUCCUCCACAUCCCAGCCUUCUAUCAUGAGGCAGGACAGCGACCUCCCACCUCCACCACCUCCGCCUCCCAUGGAAUGCAUAAAGUCUGAGCCUGAAUUUUUCCCUCCUCCUCCACCUCCUCCACCUCCGCCCUCUGUGGGUGGACCAGAUUUUCUUCCUCCACCUCCCUCACAGCAAGAGCUCAAUGCAAUGCCCCAGCCUCCCCCUGCAAAACUGGGGAAACCCAUCGGCAAGCCUUUAUUCAAAGUGCCCAAGCAACCAGAAACACAGAAGCAGCCCAUACAUGUUAAACCCAAAUGGCAGAAAAAGCAGCCAACUUCUCCAACGCCUCCACCUCCACCUCCACCUCCACCUCCACCUCAGCUCCUUCCUGAUCAAGAAACAACAGUGUCAACAGACUCUGAAAAAGAAGCUAAAGUUCAGGAGGUGAAAAAGGAAACAACCCAACAGAUUAAAACAAGCAAGCAGAUUCAGUCUGAAUUAACAGCAGUGUCAACAACAAAAAUAUCAAGCAUCCCAGCUCUGAAACCAAUGCAAAAAGAAAGUCCACAGCCACCUAAAAAAGUGUCUGUCCCUCCGAUUAAACUGCCUCCACCUCCUGAACCCACUCCAGCGUCAAAGUCCAGACCUUAUGUUCGCAAAUUUAAAACUCCUCUCAUGCUUGCAGAGGAAAGGUUUCGCCAACAAAGGAUGGAAAAAGAGGAAACAGAGAGGAGUAAAGUCACAACUCCCAUUUCGCCACCAAUUGAUAUAUCCUCCUCUACUGCCAGUGCUGAGCUUUCUACAGCACAGAACAUUGAGAAAGAAGUGGCCACAGAAACGACAAAAGCAAAGACCAAAGAAACUAAGACUGUUUCCAAAGAAGUAAUAUCGGCACAAGAUUCACCUGCCAAGAAAGCCCAUUCCCAGAUCCCUUUGAGCAAGCCAUUGAUCUCAGUGGUAAAUAAGAAAUCAGCCCCUGGAUCUUCAAAUGUGUCCUUAGAUAAAAAGCAUGUUGCCAGUGAGCACUCAUCAGAAAAAAUACUUGCCUCAGCUGAUGUCAUUAAAAAGAGUCAAACCGCACCCAAGAAUCAGACUGUUUCUGUUUCUCAGUCUCAUUGUGAGGCCUCAAAUAUUGAAGUCCAGUCAUGUUCAAAUGUGGUCACUUCUUCAGUCACGGAGCAGCAGCAGUUUAUUAAGAAAUCCAGCACCAGGUCUGCCACACAGAGUGCUGUCCAGGAAAAUGUAAAUCUUCAAAGCCAGACUGCGGUCACAUUGAAAGCUGAAGAUAUAAAGAAUAUUAAUGUGCCUCUGACACAGGAUGGAAAAAUGAGUCCCUCUCAACUCACUAAAAUUCCAAAGGCAACUCCAAGUUUCAAGGUGAAAACCUUUAAGAUGCCAACAGAGAAGAAAGAGGAGAAAUGUGACAGUUUGGGACAAAAGGAAGCAAUGAAAAGUAAAAUGCAUUUACAGCAAGAGAAAUGUAACGUGUCACAGACAAGUGAAACAAAAGUGAAUCAGGAAAGCAACCAGCUGACGUUAGCAAGAACCGAGAUGAAAACCGAAAUGAAAGUAAAGGAGAAGAAAAGUCAGGUGACCCCACCUAUAAAGGAAGUUGAAGUGGAGGUUCAUAUGAAAAAGGGAAAGCAGGUGCAAAAGAAUGACACUGAAGUAAAGCUGUCACCAUCAGUUACUGUUUUAAUGCCUAAGGUAGCUAAGAUAACAUCUGCAGCAACUCAUCAAGGACAAGGCCAUGUAUCUGUCUCCCACAGUCAGCAGAGCAUGAAGGCAGAGCACAUUCAAAGACACGAGGAGGUGGUUGUGACUGAGAGUGUGGUACAGCAAAGCCUUCAGAGGCAAGAGGCUGCACAGAUGCAAAAGCAUCAGCAGCAAAUAAAGCUACAAGCAGCAGAAACAAAUGAAAUGCAGAUAAAAGCAGCCAAGUCAAAAGGUGAGUCUAAGGAUGUGUCUGUGAAAGGGACAGGCAAAAUUGCCCAUAAAGACGAAGCUAAUUCAGAAAAAAUCACAGAUUUAGAGAAAUGUAAUGUAAUGCAGAAGCUGCUCGCUCAAAUAAAAGAGCUUGAGGGCACACCAAGUAAAAUAGACUCCAACGCUGUCAGGAUGAUUAUAAGCGAACUCCCCGACUGGGUGAUGGGCUUGGAUGAAAAAAAGAAUUUAAGUGAAAUUGCUAAACAGCAAAGUAAGAAAAAGUUGAAAGAGAUGAUGGUCUACGUGAAAAAUAUUUUUCAAGCAAAGCUCACAUUUUUGGAGGAAAAGUUGACAGCCGUGGAAAAGCAGGAAAAAGAAAAAGAACCGCAGGCACCACCGCUGGUGUUUCCAAAACCAGACAAGAAAGUCUUCAGUGGAGCAACUGCAAAGAUAUCAAAGAUCAGUAUCGGCUCAUCCAAAACUGAAAAAAAGGUGGUGGAGGAGAAAAGGUCACUUCAAGAGAGCAAAGUGCAUCAGGAGCUGAGUGAAGUGGGUAAUCCGAAAGCGUCCUCCCCGUUAACAAGCAUCCGCACUCCAUCACCCACUUUUAUUAGUAUUGAGUCAAGGAGGAUAGACUCGCCACUCAGAGUGACCCCUUCUCCUCCGCCUCACAAAUCAGUCGGGACACCCCCGCCUCCUCCUCGCAAGUCAUACACACCCACAUCUACCUUCAGCAGGGCCACACCGUCUCCCACCCUGAGCCGCUCCGAGAAGCUGAUGAAACUGAGGGAUACCACCUCGAAGCUUUCUCACAGCAUUACCCCUCCGCCUCCCAUGCCGGUGCCAGAGUUUUUUGCUGCUGAAAGAGAGCAAUCAUCCCCAUUUAGCGACAGGGAGACCCUCAUAGAGAGAAAUCAGCAAGGAUUGGUGGAUAUCGCAGAAAUGGUGGACUCCAUGAUGACGGUGAAGGACAAAAAGUCUUUCUUUGAGGAGGCGCAGAAGGCUGAGGUGACCAGGGCGUACAUUCGGAGAGAUCCCAUCGAUAUCCCUGAACGUUUGGGACCUGAUACUGAGGAAGGCACAGAGGCUGUGGCUAUAGACCUUCUGAAAGAGGAUCUCCCAAGAGUUGACCUGUCUAAGCUGGUAAACAGAUUUGAAUCUCCACAACCAAAAGUCUACACCAGAAAAGAGCCUAUUGUCAUCGCGGAGAGGCUGGAGAGUGAUACAGAGGAUGCAGAGGCUGACCCACAUACCCCAAGAACUGAAGAAAUCCCAACAUUCAACGUUAAAGCAAUAAAGGAUGUGUUUGAGACAGGAGAGCAUAGUUCUCAGGCAGCCCGAGAGCUAAGAGAACAAAUAGAAAGAAGAGAACCUGAAUCAGCCUAUUCUGAGGCGGUGGGUCACUCUGAAAUGACAGCAGUCACUGAGCAAUUCUGCAGCAUUGACGACUUCGGAAACAUGACAAGGGAGACAAGGAGUGAGAUGCAUUCUGGGGAAUCCUUGACCCGUGGUAACCCUCCAUCCUACGCUGACGUGGUGAGAGGCACAGUUCCAACGGUUGCCGUGCCCCCUGAGGCCUCCACCGAGGAACUCCUGAGAAACUUCCAGCAGUCGUGGGCUGAGAGCCAAGGAGUUUUCCAGAACCUGGGUUUCAGUGUCACGGAGCAGAGGACUUCGCAGAUUGUAACGCACCAGCAGGAGACUGUCGUGACGGAAAAUUCGAGUUCCAGAGUCCGAACUGUGCAGGGUGUGUCGGAAGAGAGUGUACCCCAUGGAAUCGCUGAUUGCCGACAAACAAAACUUCCAUAAAAGCUGCUUUCGCUGUGAACACUGCAGAGGCAAACUAAGUCUCGGCAACUAUGCCU